AUGUCAGAUCAAACACCACCAGAAACCAGAAACAAUAAUUCCAAAAAUUCAAGCACCAACACCAAAAAUCCUGGUAUGGAUUCAUCACAUCCAUAUUUUGUUCAUCAAUCAGAUCACCCCGGUCUCAUGCUCGUUCCCAUAAAGUUGAACGGCACCAAUUACCCAUCUUGGAGUAAAUCCAUGCUCCAUGCUCUUACGGCCAAGAACAAAGUUGGCUUUGUCAACGGAUCCGUUCAACCUCCUUCAGAAACUGAACAACCAGCCGAAUAUGCUCUCUGGAAUCAAUGCAAUAGUAUGAUUUUAUCAUGGCUUGCUCACUCGGUGGAACCCGAUCUGGCCAAAGCAGUUGUUCAUGCCAAGACUGUCCAUCAAGUGUGGCAAGAUUUCAAAGAUCAAUUCUCACAAAAGAAUGCACCAACCAUAUAUCAGAUACAGAAAUCCAUCGCCUCUCUCUCACAAGGCACCAUGACGGUUUCAGACUAUUACAAGAAACUCAAGGAUCUCUGGGAUGAAUUAGAAACAUAUCAAACACCUCUCACAUGUAACGAGAUGAAAGCACACAAUACACAAAAGGAAGAAGAUCGGAUGAUGCAAUUCCUUAUGGGCCUCAACGACACCUACAACGGUGUUCGCGGCAAUAUCCUCAUGAUGUCGCCAUUGCCUAAUGUCCGCCAAGCCUAUUCACUCGUCGUUCAAGACGAAACACAGCGACAAAUAACAUCAGGACCAACAGAGAAUUUUUCCAUUGCUGCUGCGAUUCACAGCCGAUCAAACAAUAUGUCGAAUAAUUCGAUGAACAAACACUGUGAGCACUGUGAUAGAAACGGUCAUACAAUUGAAGAAUGUCGGACCCUCAAAUUCCAUUGCAAGUAUUGUGAUAGGAGAGGCCACACUGAGGAUAGAUGUAAAUUUAAAAAUGGGACAUGGGUUCCCAAUGACACAGGGAUUCAAGGCAGUAAGCACAAUCAAUCUAAGCAGCAACGUCAAGGGUCUAAAGGGCACAUCAAUUCGCGUGGGUCUUUUUCUACUGCCCACGCAGCAGACACAACUCCAGCACAUGAGGCCCAGUCAUAUGGUUUCAAUGCAACAACCCAGCCAGCCUCUCAAUCCAACCCUUUACAUGGGUUUUCUGCAGAGCAACUCCAACAACUAGCACAUGCCGUUUCUAUGAUGAGUUCAACUCAUUCCUCUGGUAAUAGCAAUGCUUAUGCAAAUGCUGCAGGUCUGGCUCCUUUUUCCAUUCCCUCCAUAAAUUCUGUGUUCACUAAACCUUGGAUUUUAGAUAGCGGAGCUACUGAUCACAUCACUCAUGACCCCACACUUUUCACCAAAACUGAAUCAUCACAAAUGCCCAUUGUUAAUUUACCUACUGGUUCUCAUGCCCCAAUCACUUCCACUGGCACUAUACCAUUCAAUUCAAAUAUCACAUUAGACAAAGUUUUGUGUGUUCCAUCUUUUCGCUUAAAUCUUAUGUCUGCCAGCAAACUCACUACUUCUCUAAACUGUUGUGCCAUUUUGUUUCCUACCUUCUGUGUCUUGCAGGAUUUGGCUACGGGGAAGAUGAUUGGCUCGGGUAAACAGCGUGGUGGUCUCUAUUACAUGUCUCCGUUGCAAAAGACACCUGUCUCAUAUCAAGUUUCACUCUCAUCUGAUUUAUGGCACAUGCGACUUGGACACCCGUCCCCUGCUCGUCUUCGAUUAGCUUCUUCAUUAUUGCCUUCCAAUACCAUUUCUUUUGAUAAUAAUUGUAGUGUUUGUCCCAUGGCCAAACAAACAAGACUUCCAUUUCCUCUAAGUUCAAUAUCAACUAAAGCUCCUUUUGAUUUGUUACAUUGUGAUAUUUGGGGUCCGCACAAAGUUACCACACAUUCAGGUGCACGUUUUUUCCUUACCAUUGUGGAUGACUUUACUAGGUGCACAUGGAUAUUUUUGAUGCAUCAUAAAUCUGAAACCCAAAACCUUCUCAAAUCUUUUGUUGCUUUUGCCCACUCUCAAUUCCAUGCCAACAUUAAAACCAUUCGGGUAGACAACGGGUCUGAAUUUUUCUCCAUGAGGGAUUUUUUUCAAAAUAAUGGCAUUGAAUAUCAGCGCACUUGUGUUUACACUCCACAACAAAAUGGAGUCGUCGAACGCAAGCAUCGCCACAUUCUCACUGUCGCACGUGCAUUACUUUUUCAGUCUCACUUACCCAUUAUUUUCUGGGGUGAAUGUGUCUUGACCGCUGUCUAUCUUAUUAACCGAUUACCUUCACCAUUACUUUCCAAUAAAUCGCCUUUUGAAUUGUUAUACAACCGUCCCCCAUCACUCAACCACUUGAAAGUCUUUGGUUGUCUCUGUUAUGCAACUGUUGUCCAUCCUAUUCAUAAAUUUGAUCCCCGUGCCAUACGUUGUGUUUUUGUUGGAUAUCCUACUGGCCAAAAAGGUUACAAACUCUACAAUUUGGAGACAAACAACUUCUUUGUAAGCCGUGAUGUCCGAUUCUGUGAAAAUACCUUCCCUUUCUCUCAAUUUUCGGCCUCACUUUCCCCAUAUACUCCCCAGCCCUACCUUUCCUCUGAUUUUCUUAACAGCUGGACCCCACCCAUCGAUCCGCCCAACCCACCAGCCAAUCCGCCCAACCCUCCAACCAACCCACCACAAGCGCCUAACCACUCUAUCCUCUCUGACGCACAUGACAGGCCUGACAGCCCCACCUCUCCCAUCCCACCUUUGUCCCCAUCCGUCAACCCCACCCCUCCACAUACAGAUAAUCCCAUUCCUCUCAUUCCCCCUCCUCGACAGUCCACUCGCUCUAAACAUCCUCCGGCAUGGCAUAGAGACUACCACAUGUCCAACCACGUCAAUCACUCAACCUCAGCGCCUCGUUCUGCAUCAGGUACUCGGUAUCCUCUUUCCCACUUCCUUACCUACUCUCGUUUAUCUUCUGCCCAUUGUGCUUUUCUUGCUAACAUUACAGGUCACACAGAACCCACAUCCUAUGCUCAGGCUCUUCUUGAUCCACAUUGGUGUCAAGCCAUGACUGCAGAACUAGAGGCUUUACAGCACAAUAACACUUGGAGUUUGGUUCCACUGCCUGUUGGUCAUAAACCAAUCGGCUGCAAAUGGGUCUACAAAAUCAAAUACAAGUCCGACGGCACCAUUGAGCGCUACAAGGCUCGGCUCGUUGCUAAAGGCUACACGCAAAUUGAGGGCAUUGAUUAUCAUGAGACUUUCUCCCCUACAGCCAAACUCACUACCCUCCGCUGUCUCCUUACUGUUGCUGCUGCAUGCCAUUGGUUCAUCCACCAAUUAGACGUUCAGAAUGCUUUUCUCCAUGGCGAUUUACAUGAGGUGGUGUACAUGGAGCCUCCUCCUGGUCUUCGCCGACAGGGGGAGAACGUUGUAUGUCGGCUCAACAAAUCUCUCUAUGGUCUCAAACAGGCUUCCAGAAACUGGUUUUCCACCUUUUCAGAUACCAUUCAAAAGGCCGGUUAUCAACAGUCUAAAGCUGAUUAUUCUCUUUUUACCAAGGCUGAAGGCACUUCAUUUACUGCAGUUCUUAUCUAUGUUGAUGACAUACUUCUCACAGGAAAUAAUCUUCAAGAAAUGGAACGUCUCAAAAAGUUCCUUCUCAAUCGCUUCCGCAUCAAAGAUCUUGGAGAUUUGAAAUAUUUUCUGGGCAUUGAAUUCUCUCGUUCCAAGAAAGGUAUUUUCAUGUCUCAAAGAAAGUACGCACUUGAUAUUUUGCAGGAUUCAGGACUUCUAGGCGCACGCCCAGACAAGUUCCCAAUGGAACAGAAUUUGAAACUCACUCCCACAGAUGGAGAAUUACUGAAUGAUCCAACCAAAUACAGGAGACUGGUUGGCCGAUUGAUCUACCUUACUGUCACAAGGCCUGAUAUAGUUUAUCCUGUUCGAACACUAAGUCAAUUCAUGCAUCAGCCUCGCAGACCUCAUUGGGAUGCCGCCAUACGGGUCCUUAAAUACCUCAAGGGGACUCCAGGUCAGGGUUUGUUAUUUUCUGCCACCAACAAUCUUACAUUAAAAGCUUUUUGUGAUUCAGACUGGGGAGGUUGUCGUGCGACAAGGAGAUCAGUUACAGGAUACUGUGUUUUUCUUGGAAAUUCACUCAUCUCAUGGAAAUCCAAGAAACAAACCAAUGUUUCAAGAUCAUCAGCAGAAGCUGAAUAUCGAGCUAUGGCCAACACAUGUUUGGAGUUGACUUGGUUACGCUUUAUACUACAGGAUUUAAAAGUCCCACAGAUAGCUCCUGCACCAUUGUUUUGUGAUAAUCAGUCAGCUUUGUAUAUUGCCGCUAAUCCUGUUUUCCAUGAGCGUACAAAGCACAUCGAAAUUGAUUGUCACAUAGUUCGAGAAAAACUACAAGCUGGAAUAAUUAGUCCUUCGUAUGUACCUACACACUUCCAAUUGGCAGAUAUUUUUACGAAGGCCUUAGGGAAGGAUCAAUUUGUGACAUUGCGCGACAAGUUGGGACUUCAUGAUAUUCACUCUCCAACUUGA